CCCGUUCGCCCAAUCGGGGAACAUGUCUUAUCGAAGGGGGGAUAUUUAAACGCAAGGCUCCAUAGCGCAUAUUCUGAUCGGUUCAGAGUGUGCUGUGAGAAUGGCGGACAACAUUAAAGUAGCUGUCCGCAUACGUCCCUUGCUACAAAAGGAACAACGCAAUGGACUUACUAUUCUGUGGAAUGUCAAGGAUAACGGGACCAUUACAUCAAAUGAAUCCUCUGCCUCCGACGGCUACACUUUCGAUUCAGUGUACGAUCACACGGACACAACCUAUGACCUGUACGGAGAGUUGUGUUCACCAAUCAUCAAGAAUGCAGCUGAGGGAUUUAAUGGAACCAUCUUUGCAUAUGGCCAGAGUGGGUCAGGGAAGACUCACACAAUAUCGGGCAGUGAAGUACAGCUGGGAGUCAUCGAGCAGGGAGUUGACGAAUUGUUUGACAUAAUUGAUCAAUCCACAAACAAGGAAUUUUUACUCCGGAUUUCAUACAUGGAAAUCUACACUGAAAAGAUAUACGACCUGUUUGAUGAUAUAGAAAAGACAUUGAAACUUCAGGAAGACACAAACCACCAGAUCUCUGUGGUUGGUCUGAAUGAGCAGAUUGUCAACUCCAAGGAGCAGGUGAUGAAGUGGAUCAUACGUGGGGAAACCAAAAGGAAAUUUGCUGAGACAAAGGCUAAUGAUCGCAGUUCACGUUCACAUGUCAUCCUGAGAAUAAUCAUAGAGAGUCGCCUGAAGGGAGACGUUGAUGCUGUCAUGGUGUCACAUUUGAACUUUGUUGACUUGGCUGGUUCUGAGAAGGCAGCAGACAACUCUGGUGAAAGAUUUCGUGAGGGUUGUGCGAUCAACCGCAGUUUACUUACUCUCAGCCAAGUCAUCAGCAAGCUGAGUGAAGGAGACAGUGCCUAUAUUGGAUAUCGGGAUUCCAAAUUGACUCGUAUCUUACAAAAUGCACUUGGAGGAAACUCAAACACGCUGAUCAUCUGUACAAUAGCUCCUGCUUCAAUGGACGAGAGCCAUUCAACACUGAGGUUUGCUUCUCGAGCCAAAACCAUCAAGAACAAGCCGAUACUGAAUGAAGUGCUGUCCGAUAGCGCCCUUCUCAAGAAGUAUGCCAAUGAGAUUAAGAAGUUACAGAAGAAGGUUGAUAAGAUGGGCAUGCAGGACAUGCAGUUGGAGAAAGAGGACCUGGAGAAAAAAUUACAGGAAAAGGAAGAUAUUCAGAAGCAACAGGAUGAGCUCAUCAACAAGCUCCGCCAGAUGAUCUGUGUGUCGGGAGCAAAUAAUACCAGAGAAACAAAGGUAAAGAAACUGCGAAGAGAAACAUGGUGUGGUAAAAAGCUGAAGAAGUCAAGUUCAGCGUUCGAUGACUUCAGGCUCCCAUCAAGUGUUCCCCUGUUCCUGCCUAAUAGGGACUUGCCCCAGAUGCGGAAGCCUCUCUCCAGUAGACACUUCAGCUUCUCUGCCCUGGAGGAAGAGGAGCCAUCAUUCCUGGACCCACCUGCUCCUGAUGAACUCCUCACGGCAGAUGACGUCCUCUUCAUGUCUCUAGAAACCACUGAUAAAAAAUGUUUUAUCACAGACUCCCGGCAUUCGGGAAGAAGAUCAGACUUGGGUCAAACACACAAAAAAGAAAUAGAAAACCUGAAGAAGGAGAAUGAAGAGCUUCAGCAGAUCAACACUCGGCUGGGGAAGCAGGUUCUGGACCUAGAAUCCAAGAAUGAGAAGCAGGAGACUGACCUUGUGACGAUCAAGGUCAAGCUGAAUCAAGUGAUGGAGGACAUGACACUUCAGAGUCUGGAGCUUGACAAGGCCACAGCCAUGGCUCGCCAUGAUAUAUCCAUGCGGGACUUGCAAGAGUUCCACCGCCUUGAGAAGGAUGACCUGGAGGAACAGAUUGCAGCACUGAUGAAGAAGAAGGAGGAGCUGGAGGGAGAGGCCGUCCCUGCAGAUGUCCAGUAUGUGAAGAAGGUGGAGAUGGAGCUGACCAGGAACUAUGACAAGAUGAUGGAGCUCACCAAGUCGAACAAGGACAUGGAGAAAGAGAAUGACAAGCUGAAGAAGGAGCUUGCACUGUCAAGGGGAGAGGUGGAGCGCAAGCUGCGCACAAACGAUGACUACAUUGGAAUGUUAGAGAAACAAGUAAACCAGAGCCAGGAGAAGAUUAAGAGCUAUGAGAGGAUGAGUGUUGGAUCUGUUCCAGUUGGAAAGCAGCUUGAUGCUACACUUGAAGCUACAGUUGAAAGUCUCAGGAAAGACAAAGAUGACCUCGAGGCACUGAUUGCAUCCAAGAAUGCAGAAAUAACACAACUUUCUGGACAAAAAAGGAGUUCAUCUAUUGAUCAAUGUGAUAUGUUGAAGAAAUUAGACUCUCAACUUACUGAUCUUUUGAAAGAGAAAACAGAAAGUGAAAUGAAAUUUGAAAAGGAAAGGGAAAAGUUAGAAAAAGUUAUUGUUGAAAAGGAUGCAGAACUUGAUGCUCUAGCUGUGGCAUCUGUAACACAGGUAACAACUGAGGAAGGGAAUAUUAAAGCUGCGGCAAAAGGUUUUGAUGACCAGCUUGACAAUGGGGAGCUUGUCAAACAGCUCAGUGAUCAGAGACAGGAACAAGAGGGGAUGCAGGCGCAGAAUGAGGAGCUUGUCAAACAGCUCAGUGAUUACAGACAGGAACAAGAGGUGAAGCUGCAGCAGAAUGGGGAGCUUGUCAAACAGCUCAGUGAUCAGAGACAGGAACAAGAGGGGAUGCAGGCGCAGUAUGAGGAGCUUGUCAAACAGCUCAGUGAUUACAAACAGGACCAAGAGCUGAAGCUGCAGCAGAAUGAAGAGCUUGUCAAACAGCUUAGUGAUCAGAGACAGGAACAAGAGGGGAUGCAGGCGCAGUAUGAGGAGCUUGUCAAACAGCUCAGUGAUUACAAACAGGACCAAGAGCUGAAGCUGCAGCAGAAUGAGGAGCUGGUCAAACAGCUCAGUGAUCAGAGACAGGAACAAGAGGUGAUGCAGGCGCAGAAUGAGGAGCUUGUCAAACAGCUCAGUGAUUACAGACAGGAACAAGAGGUGAAGCUGCAGCAGAAUGGGGAGCUUGUCAAACAGCUCAGUGAUCAGAGACAGGAACAAGAGGGGAUGCAGGCGCAGAAUGAAGAGACUGUCAAACAGCUCAGUGAUUACAGACAGGAACAAGAGGUGAAGCUGCAGCAGAAUGAAGAGCUUGUCAAACAGCUCAGUGAUCAGAGACAGGAACAAGAGGUGAUGCUGGCGCAGUAUGAAGAGACUGUCAAACAGCUCAGUGAUUACAGACAGGACCAAGAGCUGAAGCUGCAGCAGAAUGAAGAGCUUGUCAAACAGCUCAGUGAUCAGAGACAGGAACAAGAGGGGAUGCAGGCGCAGAAUGAGGAGCUUGUCAAACAGCUCAGUGAUUACAGACAGGAACAAGAGGUGAAGCUGCAGCAGAAUGAGGAGCUGGUCAAACAGCUCAGUGAUCAGAGACAGGAACAAGAGGGGAUGCAGGCGCAGAAUGAGGAGCUUGUCAAACAGCUCAGUGAUUACAGACAGGAACAAGAGCUGAAGCUGCAGCAGAAUGAAGAGCUGGUCAAACAGCUCAGUGAUCAGAGACAGGAACAAGAGGUGAUGCAGGCGCAGAAUGAGGAGCUUGUCAAGCAGCUUAAUGGAGCUAAGCUGGAAUUGGAAGUGAUGCUUGCAGAGAGGAUAUGCUCUGAGGAUAAGGUCAAUGAUCUGGAGAAGAUUAUCCAGGAGAAAAUCUCUCUGAAUACAUUGAGAGAUAAAGAAACACUUCGUGACAUUUCAAAGAAGGGGAAUAACUUUGAAAGAAGCAUGCAUAUGUCACAGUCAGACAUUGUUAUACAUUCCUUUGAUGCUGAUGUCACAGUUUCUAAUGUUGACUUAUCAGUGAAAUUGUCAGAUGGUCCAAUGUCAAUUGCUGAUGAACUUUCAUUAGCUUCACGGUCUAAAGCUCAAUCUUUGUCUCUAGCUGAUGAACUAACCUUUCUGUCAAGGCAGCAAAUGAAACCUAUGUCUCUUGCUGAUGAAUUAAAUACAGUCACUCAACCAGGUCAAACUGCACAAGCUGUUUUAAUGAAAGAUGAAGAACUCCAAACAUCUUUGGAUAUUGUGGACAAGGUUCAGUGUAAAACUGAUAUUGAAGAACAAUUGAAAAGUAUGACAGAAGAAAUGAAAAAUAUUAAACAGGACAAACUUGAUAUGGCAAGGAAUUUGCAAGUGAAAGAAUCUGAGGUAAAGAAUCUCACUCAAACAGUUUGCAAACUGGAACGAGAUCUUGAUGAAAGACAGGAAGAGCUAGAGACAUUCUCCGAUGAGCUUUUGAGACGGCAAGACCUCAUUAGUGAGAACCUGGAAAAGAGAAUAUCCCUGGAACAGGAACUGCGGGAACAGAAGGAGGCUAUGGAGGAUCAACAAGUCAAAACUAAGCAGCUUAAAAAGAAACUUGAAAAGAGAGAAAAUGGUUUGACACAGAAUUUGGGAAACCAUACAAGUGAAAUAAUUGCAGAACAGAAAGUCUCCCCUCAACUGUCAGAUGACACUGACACUGAAGAAGAUGAAGUGACAUUUUCAGUUAAGGAGAUAGCACCUGAGGUUUCCCAGUCAAAGAUCAGGGACUUGGAAGCUGUCAUAAAUGAAAAGGAAUGUCUGCUUGAAGCAGCAAAAAUCGAGCAUAAAGAACAAGAAAUGAAGAUCCAAGACCUACAUCAGCAUGUGGAGUUACACUCUGGAGUUGAUAAUGAGGGAAAGAUAAUUAAACUGGAAUGCAGUCUUCAUGAGAGAGUGAGUGAAAUAGAGGAUCUGAAAUGUGAGAAAUUAGAACUUGAACAUAAAUUGAAAGAUCUGCAAGGACGGCUUCAGGAGAAAUCAGAAUGUCAGCCUGAUGUGUCCAGCAGCGAAGAUUCUCUGAAGAGAGGGCAAGAACUACAGGCUGAUAUCCAAGAAAAACAAGAACAGCUGGACAAGACAAGUCAGGAGCUACAAAAGGUGCAGGAAGAGAUGACGACUGUCAGAACCAGUCUGGAAGCUGCAAGUGCUUUAUUAGAGGUAAAGGACAGGGAGGUUUUCAAACUUGUUGAACAGAGAAACUCUGAUCUUGAGGAAAUUGCAAAACUUCAGAGGGAAACACAAGAAGAAAUACGUAAGAAUAAGGAAAAUGUUGAUAUGAAAGAAAAUGAAAUCAGUGAACUGAAGGUCUCACUUAAAAAUCUGAAGUCUUAUGUGGCUGAGAAGGAGUCCAAGACAAGUGAAAAGGACGUGGCCAUUGAAGAGUUGGAGGCCAAAUUGAGUGCUGCUGUUGCUCUGGAGGAAGAAGGGAAAGAACUGACCAUAAAAUUGAACCAGAGUGUGGUCAAUGUUGAGGCAAAGGCUAAACAGAUAGAUGAAAUGACUGAGAUGAUUGCUCAAGGUAAGAUUAAACUGGAAGUUUAUGAGAUGGAAGUAGAAACACUUAACCAGAGGGUUGUUGAGGUUCAAGAACAAAUGGCUAUGAAUGAGGCAGAAUUUGAUGACAUUAAAGUGGCUGGUAUGGAAAAGAUUGAUUCUUUGACUGAUGAGUCUUCAGAACUGCAAUACAAAGUAGCACACUUAGAAAGCUGUUUAGAGGAAAAAGAGAAUGAAAUUCAUGACAUCAAUGAUCAAGUUGACAAAAUCAUUCAGGACAAAUUACAAGAUAGCCAAAUGGAGAUUUUGGCUAAAGAACAAGAAAUAAAAUCCCUGUUAGACAGUGUUUCAUCCUUGGAAGAGGUCAUUAAGGACAAAGACCAUGAGAUUGAGAGGGUUCUGUCUGAAAAAAUGAAGUUACAGGAAGGAGGAGAAGAGAUGCUGAAGCUGGUGCAGGAAAAGCAUGAGCUGGAGGAGAAGUUGAGGGAGAAGACUAUAGAAAUGGCCAGUCUUGAGGAUGAAAAGUCUCGAAUAGAAACUGAGCUGACUCACAAAACAACAGAAUUGCAGGUUAUGGUUGAAUACAAGAACAAACAGGAUGUGGAGCUGGAAGAAAAAAUCACAGAGAUUGAAAGUUUAUCCAAUGAGAUUCUAAAACUAGAAGAUAAUGUUGUGGAGAAAGCACAAGAUUUGGGUAUUCUUCAGGAGGAGAAGAUGAGUACUGAGGCAAUCCUACAGAAUAAGUCAGCUUUGCUGGAGGAUCUGGGCAAGAAGAUGAAUGAGUUUGAGAAUCUGUUUCAAGAGAAAUCAGAUGAGGUGGAUCAGUGUAGGGUAUGCAUUCAGACUUUGGAAGGAACCAUAAAGAUACUUGAAGAAGAAUUACAGAAAAUUACGAACAAGAAAUCACAAGAGGUACAUGGAUCGGAAUUACAUGUCUUAAGGACAAAUCUCCAGUCAAAGGUGGAGGAAGUUUCCAGACUGAAGGCUGAGAUUGAAAGGCUGAUGGAAACCUCCAACAGAAAAUGUCUCCUGAAUCAUCUGUUUGCAAGACUCAACACAGGUGGUAAAAGUGAUCUAACAGGCUUCAUUGAGGCUUUAGACAAGGAAGGACAUGAUGAUUUAGCAAUUCAGCUGCGAGAACUGAAUGUGAAACUUGCCAUUGAGAGAGUAGAGAUCAACCAGAAACAAAAGCUAAGUGAGACUGAGCUGAAGGAGAAAGACAGAAAGAUCAAGCAAAUUAAUAAGGCAAUGGAGGAUCUCAUGAAAAAAGUCAUGGAGCAUGCCGAGAAGAUAGAUUCAUUAGAGGAGGAGCUGGAAACUGUCAGAGGCAAGCUGGCUGCUGAGACAAAGCUCAAGGUGAAGCUCAACCUGGAGGUGCACUCCCUCCGAGACAAAGCCAGAGAAGCCAAAGAAAGGAAAAAUGCCCUAGAGGAGGAGGUGGAGUACCAGGAAGGGGUCGUAAAAAAACUCAAGGCAAAGAUGAGGACGCUUCAACAAAGCUAUGAUGCAUCUUUUGCAGUUUCAGACCCACCAGAGAAGCAGGAAGUGAGCAGCCGCAGCGGGAUCAUCGACCAGUUCAAGGUGUGUAUCCUGGAAGGGGAGAAGAAACAGCUCCAGCUCCGUGUCCGUGAAGAAAAGGCACAGAUAGCUCGUUGCUAUAUGCAAAUCAAGUCUCUCGAGGAGGAGAAUGAUGCACUCAAGAAGAAUGUAAUUGGUACACCCAAGAAUAUGAAGCAAGAAAAUGAAGAAAAAGCAAGUCCGGAGUUUAACUGGAGCCUGUCAGAACUUUUCAAGAAGCGUCGUUCACUGAGCUAUGAAGAGGUAAAGGAAAAAGCCGAAGCAAUCAGGAAGAAGAAUGCAACACCCCUCAAAGACUCAUCCAAAGAAAACCAGUUGAAAAGUCCAACGCCAGUGUUCAGCACUGGACGAUUGACAGGGAAAUCUUCAGCAAAGGAAGGUCAUGAGAACUGCAAAAUUCAGUGAGGAUUCGCUAAGCAUAUGCUUGUGAAACACUUUUGCUCCACAAUUUUGAGGCACAGAUUGGCAAGUCCCCUAAAGUUUGACAAUUUGCAUUAUAAAGGUGUUUUCCAAAGGGAUGCUGAAAUGCAAUGACUGUGCCUGAUAAAUUUAUUUUGCUCCGAUUUUGAUCCUUGGUUUCCAGUGUCACCGAGCUGUUCAAAAAGAAGAUUGUUGUUUUGUGUAGAUCUUUUCAUUGGUAAUAACCAUUACAAAAAGAUUUUAAAUAUAUAUAUUCAUAUAUGAGCAUAUUGUAUAUAAACUACCACAUGCUUUGUGGAUUUUUAAUAUCAUCUUUUGCAUGACCUAGUGGUUAAAGCAUUCGCUUGUCAUGCCAAAGACAUGGGUUCGAUUCCGGACAUGGGUACAAUGUGUGAAGGCCAUUUCUGGUGUCCCUCGCUGUGAUAUUGCUGAAAUAUUUGUAAAAGCGGCAUAAAACCAUAACCAUCACUCACUCUAAUCUUUAUUCUGUGAAGGAAAUUCACAUGUAGAUAAUAAGUUCUAAUAUCUUUUCAGAGAAUAUGUUGUGAAUUUUAUUUAGUUUGAUUGCUGGUGCCUGUGCUGAAGGAAUUAAGGAGAAUAUCCUGUGAAUGUGCUUUGACUGUUGUUGUGAAGUCAAAUGCCACCAAUAAAAAAUUCAAAUUAGAAGAAAAAAAGUUAUUCAGCAAUUAGGUUGCUUCUUUUACAAAUAAAGUUCUCUAACAUUU